AUGCAUGCCACCGUCGCCCCGGGAAGCUACUGGGCCGCUUUGCAGAAGCAGCUCGCCGCCUCCAACCCUCCCGCCACUCGGCCCGCGACAGCAGCCACAACGUCGUCGUCGCCGUCGCGCGGCGCACGCGGGCACCCGCAGCACGGCAAGGGUGUCGUCAUUGAGAACAGUAGUCUUUUGGGGGGCCUCAACGACCCUGACGAGGCGAUGGCGUUUCGGCAGUCCAGCGCCGCGGCGGCUGCGGCAGUAGCAGCAGCGGGGGAACUCGUGCAGGUGAGCCCAGCAUGCAACGGCAGCGGCAGAACCCGCUCGCUCGUGGUGGACUUUAUCGAUGAGUGCGUGCGCAGAGGUGUGUCGGAGUCCGUCAUUGUCGAGCACGUCAUGUUCAUGGUCCACGCGAUGCAGGAGGAGAUCAACCUGACGGAGGCCUUGCAUGCACGCUUCCACCAGGACCGCCUGCGCCAGUACGAGAUGCUCGAAUUGUCAAAGACGCUAGAGCGGCAGCGAGUCUACCACGAUGAACAGCAACAGCAGCAGCAACAACAACAACAGGGCAGCAAUAGGAAGAAACCGCAUGAGCCUGCGAAGGAAAACAAGGAUUUGGUACAAAGCCAGGAGCGUGAGGGCAAUGCCCCGCCGUGGCGUCAGGCGCGGUGGAACGCGGCACCCGUCGUCGGAGGUCGCGUUGGCGGGCGUCGUGGGCGCCAGGCGUUGCCGUCGAGCAAUGAGAGUCGUGCGCGCGUGGCAUUUACGCAGACGCCGCUGGAUGGCACUGAGCCGCAGCGACAGGAAAGAGGGGGGAAUUGGGGCACUGCAGCAGCAACUUUUCAGCGCUUCAUGCGGCCGACGGAUGCCAGCAAUAGGAAAGAGCGACGAAAGUACAGGGCGGUCUCGGAGGAGCUGCAUGCGCCUCCUCCCCCGCCGCGAGUGAUGCGAGCGCAGAAGUUCACGACGCCGACCCUGCCAGGGGCGCGGUGUCGGCGUCUGCCGCUUGGCAAGGACGCGUUUGCCCGGCGUGGGCGUCAGCGGCUUGUGGGCAAACCGGGCAGCGCGGGCGACAGUCACCUGACGUGGUCCGACGACGACGACGACGGCGAUGACGAGGACGGUAAUACGCUCCCCCUUCCAAAAUACCCUGGUGAGGGGCGCAGCCCCAACCCUAGGGCAGAAGACGCUCCACAGCUGGAGGGAGAAGCCACGCCCUCCGACACCGUGCUUUCCUCCUUGUCACCACCGCGCAGCGAGACUCUUCGUGCCGGUGACGGCGUCCCUGCGACAGGGCUCGACGUUGUGGAUAAAGGGCCUGAGAAGAGGCAAACAGACUUGGUGGGGGAUUUGGGCCGGUGGGCAGCGGGGAGUUUCCCUGCCACUGCCACUGUCUCUGCAUCCGCGGCCGCCCCGCCGUUAUCCGCUUGCACCCCCUCAUUCUUUCCGAGCCCGCAGCUGCAGGCGUACAUCGAGCAAAGCCGGCGCAAGGUACGGGAGGUGGAGCGUGUUUUGGCGAGCACACCUGAGUGCAGCAGUAUGCGGGGCGCGCGGUGA